AUGGAGCUUUUUAUUAUUGAAGGGGUUAUUCAAAAUAUUAAAUCGGGAAGAUCAAUGGUACCUCGAGUUCCUCUAGUAUUUUUCGAAUUUGGAAAUAGACAUGGAACCUAUACACAGAGCGUACAAGGAGUAAUGGAGAAGUUAGUUGCCACAUGCAGAGGUCGAGCAGUAAACGGCAAAAUUCAACUGCGUAGACCAGAGGCCGAAAGGAAAGAUGCGACAGCUGUAGGGCCCGAUCAGACGGUUCUUCGCAUUGAAAUCAUGAACGGCCUAAAUAAAAAAUGGAUUAUAAUUAGUAUUUAUCGGCCACCUUCAUAUUUGAACUUAACACAAUUUUUCUAUGAAUUGGAAAAAAUUCUAAACAAUGCUCUUUCUAAAUGUGACAAUAUUAUUGUUCUGGGUGAUAUUAAUAUAGAUUUUUAUAAUCCAAGUGAUAGUGGCUAUGGGCAGAUGCAGUCACUUUGUGAUAUUUUCAAUCUCAAAAACCUCAUUAAAGAUAAAGCAUGCUUUGCAGGAACAGAAGGCUCUUCAAUUGAUGUCUUAUUGACAAACAGAUAUAGGUCUUUUCAAAAUAGUUCAGCGUUUGAAACAGGGUUAAGUGACCAUCAUCUAAUGAUAACUACAUUUUUAAAAAUGCAUCUAGCCCGUUUACAGCCUAAGAAAAUAUUCUAUAGAAACUAUAAAAAUUUCGAUGAAAAGACGUUUUUGGCUGAUGUAAAAGCUGCUAACUUUUGUUGUGACACUGCCGAUCCUGAUUUGAACUAUGAAAAUCUUCAAGUAAUUUUUAGAAAUAUAGUAGAUAAACAUGCUCCUUUGAAACAGAAAACAUUGCGUGGAAACGAUGCUCCCUUCAUGAAUAAAGAAUUAAGAAAGGCUAUAUACUCUAGGUCAAGGUUUAAAAAUAAAUAUAACAAUGAUAAAACUGAGGAAAACAAUGCCAAUUAUAAAAGACAAAGAAACAAAUGCGUAAAAUUACGAAAUAUAGCUGUUAAGGAAUAUUUUAAAAAAAUAACCCAGGCCGGAGCAGUCGAAAAUAAAAAUUUUUGGAAAGUUAUGAAACCUUUUGUAACCAAUAAAAAUUGCUUAAGUAAUGCAAAUAUUACGAUAAUCCAAAACGAUAAUUUGAUUACAGAUGAAAAUGAAGUGGCAACAACAUUGAAUAGCCACUUCAUAAAUAUUGUUGAAAAUAGCAGUGGUGAUGAAGAAAUCAAAAAAGUAUUUAAAGAAAUAAACACUAAAGCGUCUGCAGGCGAAGAUAAGAUACCGCCAAAACUUGCAAAACUAGCUAGUGAGCACUUAAUAUUGCCCCUCAAAAAUGCCUUAAAUAGUAGCAUCCGUGCCAGUUUUUUCCCAACUAAAGCUAAGCGUGCGGUUGUUACACCAAUUGACAAGGGAAGCAAGGAAAAGUACAGUCUCAAUAAUUUUAGACCUAUUAGUGUAUUAAAUUUUUUCUCUAAGUUUUAUGAAAUAAUAAUCAAAGAGCAAAUAUUGUCUUUCAUGGAAAAAAAACUUUCUGUGUACUUAUCUGCUUACAGGAAAAACUACAGCACCAAUCACGUAUUGAUACGCCUAUUAGAGGAUUGGAAAAAAAAACUGGAUCGGAAUUAUGUGGUUGGUUCAAUAUUAAUGGACUUAUCAAAAGCUUUUGACUGUGUCCCCCACGAUCUACUUAUAGCCAAACUUCAUGCUUACGGUUUUGAUGUAAAAUCACUUGAGUAUAUUCUAUCGUAUCUUACAAACAGAGAACAAUCCACACGAGUAAAUGCGGAGUAUAGUAUAUUUGAAUUAAUUUUGUCAGGCGUGCCUCAGGGUUCUGUUGACCUACAUAAUUACGCAGACGACAAUACGAUAUCAGCUUAUUCAAACACUAUUAAAAAUCUCAUUAAGACUUUAGAAAGGGAAUCCGAAAUUGCCCUUUCUUGGUUAAAUAAUAACAAAAUGAUAGCAAGUCCAAACAAAUUUCAUUCGAUCCUUCUAUCAAGAGCCAAAAUUGAUAACUCGAAGCUUGAAAUAAACAUUGGCGAUAGAGUCAUACAAUCAGAAAGGUCCGUAAAACUUUUAGGAGUAACAAUUGAUGAUAAACUAAAUUUCAACUUGCACAUUAGUAAUCUUUGUCGAAAAGCCUCAGCCCAGCUGAAUGCAUUAUUUAGAUUUAAAAAUGUACUAUCUUUGCAAACAAGAUCUAUUUUAGCACAAAGCUUCGUUAAAAAAUACUAUGUGAAGGGUGACUACGAUUCAUUUUACAAGACUGACGUAUACCAGCGACUGAGGCUUGUUUGUCCUCAGUUAGAUGAGGAUGACUGCCUAUUGGACGGUAAAAAAUCAAAAAAUUUAGCCGUACUUCCAACAAAAGAGAACGCAUGGGGAGACAUGCUUACGUGGACUUUUAAUAAACCGGUUUAUCUCCCCCUUAAAGGGUCAACAGACAGGUUAGAGUUUAUGCUCACGGACGAGUAUCACCACGAGAAAAACAUUUCGUUUGUUGGAAUUAAAAUACACUUAUUGAUAGAAUAA